CCGAACUCCGACGCACCUGUUUGUUUACGUUCAGCGAUUUGAGCCUCUCGUUUAGGUUCGCCUCAUCUGCGCGCUUUGUGCCCACCACGCUACGUCAACCCUCCCAGCGGCUUCACAUGCGAACAGCACAGUCAUGGCAUUUACAGCGAUAGUUACCAGGUCCUUCUCGCGAGCCACGGACAUCAUAUCUUUUACCUCAGGAGCGUCUCGCAACCCUCAGAUGGGUCGUUUUACAAGAUUAAUCAGAAGGUUGUGCAUCUACGCCUCAGCGGAUGAAGCUGUCAAAAACAUCAAAAGUGGAUCCAGUGUGCUCAUCGGAGUCCUUACUCACGAACUCACCGAACUCGUGAACUCACCGAACGCCCCUCACCGAAGUCAUGAACUCACCGAACUCAUGCACUUCACUCAACCUCAAACUCGUUUCGCUCCGUGCGGGUUUCCGGAAGCUCUGGUGACUGCACUGUCCAGGAGGUCAGUCAAGGACCUGAUGAUCGUCUCAAAUUCUUGCGAAAGCGGAGACUCCGGAAUCAGCCAUCUCCUCAAGGCAAAGCAGGUAAAAAGUGUGAUUACCUCAUUCGUGGACGGUAAUCCCGAAUUCAAGAAGCAAUACCUUUCCGGAGAGAUCGAGCUGGAAUUUUCUCCUAUGGGAACGCUAGCCGAAAGGGUUCGUGCUGGCGGCGCGGGCAUCCCUGCCUUCUUUACGCCGACAGGCUACGGUACCCUCGUGCACACGGGCGGUGUUCCCGUCCGUUCCGAUGGGCGAGGAGGAGUGGCCAUCACCAGCCAGCCCAAAGAGCACCGGGUGUUCAACGGCAAGAACUACAUCAUGGAGCAUGCCAUCACCGGGGACUUCGCGCUCGUGAAAGCCUGGAAAGCAGACAAGGCUGGAAAUCUCGUGUUCAGGAAGGCGGCCCGGAACUUCAAUCCACUCAUGUGCAAAGCCGCAAACCACGCCAUAGCAGAGGUGGAAGAGGUAUGCGAGAUUGGAGAUAUCCCACCGGAUCAGGUGCACCUUGCCGGAAUCCACGUCGACGGCAUCUGCAGAGGAUCGCGGUCAUCCAAGGAACUAGUGGGCCCUUACCCGACGGAAGAUGAGGUGGACCCUGACAUCAUCAAUCCUGGCAAAGAAACAGUCACCGCACUGCCUGGAGCAUCCUUCUUCAGCUCCGACGAAUCGUUUACGCUGGUCAGAGGGGGCCAUCUUGACCUCACUAUGCUGGGCGGAAUGGAAGUGUCGCAACACGGAGAUCUGGCCAACUGGAUGAUUCCUGGCAAGCUGUUGAACGGGAUGGGCGGAGCCAUGGACCUGGUGUCAAGCAAAGCGCUCGGGACCAAGGUCGUGGUCACCAUGCGACACGUCACCAAUGACGGCAGGCCCAAGAUCCUGGAGAGGUGCACGCUCCCGUUGACGGGACUCCGCUGCGUCGACCUCAUCAUCACGGACAUGUGCGUGUUCGAAGUAUGCGAAGACCAAGGCCUCACACUUACAGAAAUUGCGGAGGGUCUCGGGCUAGAGGACAUCAUCCGAAACACAGGGUGCGCCUUCAAGGUAUAAUGUGCAUUGCGGCCAUAUAUUCUCGACUUUAUGAUGCUGUGACGUAAGAGCAGUACUAACCCCGGCGAAACUCCAAUAAAUUCAAAGAAGCUCA